AAUGUGUCCAUCCACCAGUUCGCCCGGCUACCUGUAGAGCUGCAAGAACGCGUCCUAGGAUUUUGCGACAAGCCAGCACUCUUCUAACUCAUGCAGACCUCGCAUUUGAUACAUAUUGAGGCGACGAAGCUCUUCUUUUCCGGUUCUGACGCCUAGUAUUACGACAAUGGGAAAUUUCUGGAAGAGGGCGGCCAUCCAAGGGAUGAUCUCCAUGAUACCAAACUCCUACAUUGUUACAGCGAUUGCAUAUCGUCUUCGUUUCGAUUCUUCGGCCCGAUGGACGUUGGAGAAGAACACUAUGGCGAAGGGCCACCAUUCAUGAGUACGCUAACGAAAUUCAAGAACUGGGUGAAUGUCAAACUCAUCCUGGACCAAGUAUCAUCGUGCCACAUAAACCGUUCUGUGGGCAGUUGGGACAUUCCACAACCUGUGAGUCAAGGCAUUGCAAGCCAGUACAACGCGCUUCGAAUUCUUCGCAUUACGGUUAUAGAACAACAUCAUUUUCGUGGAAAGCACGAGGCAUUCGGAUGCCCUGCUCCGUACUGCGAUGCCUGGUUCGAGCGACCUGAAAAUACACGACAAAUCUGGCGAAGGGGGAACAUGACGAAGAUAGCUAUGUCUUACCAGAACGUUGUCGUUCAUUAUUUGUGGAUGGCGAGAGGAGACUGGAAUGCUUAUGGCAGAGCAAAGGUGAGAUCGCCGAAACGUUCUCGAUGCGGUGGGAAAUUUAUAGAUCUGAGGAGCGAAAGGUUGCCGAGAAGGAAUUGUAUUGUGAGAUGGAGCCUGAUUCGUUACAGAUUCAAGAUGGGCUACUUUUCAAGCAAAGAUGGUUGGAUCCAAUACGACUUUAGCACGGGAGGCGGAACCAUGAACAGUUCAUUGAAGCACAUAUACGGCAAAGCAUGCAGGAUCGGUGAACAUUGCGGAAUGCACUAAGAAUCCGCAAAUAUCGGUUGGUCGACCAGGUUAGGGUCUCGGCCUCUUAGGCCCGCUGCAUGGAUUCUACGUUCGGGUCCCUACCACACUAAGAGAUCCAGUUCACCCUAGUGUUAUCUUGGGUGGCUAGCAUAUGUACUUCCUAGCCGAAGAUGGUGGCAGA